CUCCGUUCCACUGCAUACCAUCUCACGCGAACAAGUGGUUACCAUUGAGGAAGCGCAACGAUGUAUAUCGGUGCCAUCGCCGUCACGCUAGCCGCAUCGCUCGCGAGCAUGGCCCACGCCGCUGCGCACGCGCCGGCCAACCCUCCCUGGCCGACCUGGUGCUACACAACCUGGGGGAAAGGAGCGGUCCCCUACCACACAGAUUGGUCGACCAAGUACACUCCUUGCACGAGUGUCGUCACCUCGACCAAGACCAAGGCCAGGACUCUCCCUCCUUCGACCAGUACAGUCACGCACACCGUUACCACGGUCACUACUGCCACGACGUCCACGGAGACCGACACGGCGACCAACACAAUCACUGACACAGUUACGAAUACUAACACCGAAACUGACACCACCACCACGGUGAGCACGUCGACGACCGCAACAUCGACCGUUGCUACCUCUCCUGGAUUUCUACCCGUCCAGUCGACGCUCCCAGGCUCUUCUUAUUCAGGCUCCGCUGGCCCCGAUCCAGUAGUAAAGCGUGAGCCUGAGCCUGCCGCAAUGGUCGAGGCAAGAAAACCGUCUGGUCAAGCGCUGGUCGGAUUCAAUCGAAACCUUCAUCCGCACGGGGUCAAUUGCAUCCAACAGACCCACAGCAGCUGCGCUAAGACAACGAGAACGGUGACGUCGGUGUCAGAGAUAACGCCAUCGCCGGUCAUUGUGGGAACCACAGCCACUGAAACAGAUACGAUAUAUCCCUCGGCGACAAUAACCAUCACCACGGAGACCACGACAACGAGCACGACAUCAACAUCCACCACGACCACAACGACGGCGACCAAUAUAGUCUAUGCAACUGCCACGGUCUACGCCGCAUGCGCAGAGAACAACUUGGCGGACGCAGUCGAUGGCCAGGUGAUUGGAGAAACGCUCAACAACAACAUGGCGGACAAGUUCGUCACUGUCAGUGGCAUAACCAGUGCAUACGAUUGUAAGUCGUGGGGUGUGAUAAGAUUGGACGAGCGUAGGCUGACUGAUGUGCGCGCGUGCGUCCAGGCUGUGUGGCAGGCUUGCAGCUCACCAACGCCGCCGUUUGGAGUUACACUCCAAGCGGCAUGUUCGCGGGCUGCUUCGUCUCAGUGGCGCCGACUUGCCCGAGUCAGGGCGCCGACACUUACGGCGUCUUCGAGAAUUUUCUGGCACCGCAGACGAUUGGCAACUACAACUGUGGAGAGAAUAUCGCAGGGGUGGUUUAGAAGGCUUCGAGCAGGCUCUUCGAUGAGGCGAAGAAGUCAUGGGAAGACCGUCGGUUCCGUACAAUUAUUAAGCCGUGAGCUCCGCUGUCUCCUUGCCUCCUUCCUUCGCCUCAGAUACAUGUGCUUGACGGCAGAGUUGUCGGGAUGUGGUGCUGGGUGGAUUGAGUGCACUGCUUGCAUAAGGGCGUACGUGAGAAGACCCCGAGAAGCGAGGGACCUAUCAGGCUCGAGUGGAGUUGCCAACAUUCGGUGCUGGUCAGGCACGGGUCGGCCCGCGCACCGUGGGCCUCCACAUCCCCCGCGGCCCCAUGUUUGACAAACAGUGGACAGAACGAUGGACGGUGAUCGGCGAGGGUCUAGUAUUUGAGGCUGCAUUGAUCACAGGCCAGGCCAUGCCAGACCAUCGGUGCGCGAGGCCACGGAUGCACGGCUCUGCAAAACAGCUGGAUUAGGUGCUGCUGCUGCAUGGACGUAUACUGGCAGGGGGCGUAGCUGAGUCAGGCGCAGGGCCUCGGGCGCUAGUGCAUUCCUUAUGCGACCACGCGGUCUGGACGCUGGAACCCCCCCGUCGAGUUAUUAGGCGAGGCAGAC